GCCCGAGGGCGGGCUCGCUCCCGCCGGCCUCCCAGCCUCGCGGGCGCUCGGAGCCGCCGCCGCCGCCUUCCCGCUCGGGCCGCGGCCGGGAGACGGGCCGGGGCUGCAUGGCCUCGCCCGCGCGCCGCCGCUGAGCCCGCGGAGCCGCGCAGUCGGAGCCGAAUAUACGUAGCCCGCUCUGGGACACGCCUCUGUCGGAUUAAUCUCUAGUCCUCAGCAGCACCAGCGUUCAGUAUGGAAUCGACGGUUGAUGACGAGGCGAUGGCGGCGUAGAUGAAGAUCAGGUGAGGGGAAAGAACGAUGCCCAAGGCUGGGUGUUCUAAGGCACCACAGCAAGAAGAGUCUCCUCCCAGCAACGACAUGGUGGAGAGACAGACGGGGAAGAAGGAUAAAGACAAAGUUUCUCUGACCAAGACCCCAAAGCUGGACCGCAGUGAUGGAGCGAAGGAGGUGAGGGAGCGGGCCACCAAGCGGAAGCUGCCCUUCACUGUGGGGGCCAAUGGAGAGCAGAAGGACUCGGACACAGAUGCCUCCAGCUCAGUCCAUGUCGUGGUACUGCAAGGCUGGGUCGCUCCUCGAAGCCCCAUGGCAUGAAAUGGAGGCUCCUAGAAGCAAGAAGAAAGAGAAACAGGGUCCCGAGAGGAAGAGGAUCAAGAAGGAGCCUGUCACCCGGAAAGCCGGGCUCCUCUUCGGCAUGGGGCUGUCUGGGAUCCGGGCUGGCUACCCCCUCUCCGAGCGCCAGCAGGUGGCUCUCCUCAUGCAGAUGACAGCCGAGGAGUCUGCAAACAGCCCAGUAGACACGACACCAAAGCACCCCUCCCAGUCGACCGUGUGUCAGAAGGGGACACCUAACUCUGCCUCAAAAACCAAAGAUAAAGUAAACAAGAGGAACGAGCGUGGCGAGACCCGCCUUCACCGUGCUGCCAUCCGGGGGGAUGCGCGCCGCAUCAAGGAGCUUAUCAGCGAGGGGGCUGAUGUCAACGUCAAGGAUUUUGCAGGCUGGACUGCGCUUCACGAGGCCUGUAACCGGGGCUACUAUGAUGUGGCGAAGCAGCUGUUGGCUGCGGGUGCAGAAGUCAACACCAAGGGCCUGGAUGAUGACACGCCCCUGCAUGAUGCCGCCAACAACGGGCACUACAAGGUGGUGAAGCUGCUGCUGCGGUACGGAGGGAACCCCCAGCAGAGCAACAGGAAGGGCGAGACGCCGCUGAAGGUGGCCAGCUCCCCAACCAUGGUGAACCUGCUGCUGGGCAAGGGCACCUACACGUCCAGCGAGGAGAGCUCCACGGCAGAGAGCUCCGAGGAGGAAGACGCCCCGUCAUUCGCACCUUCCAGCUCAGUUGAUGGCAAUAACACGGACUCGGAGUUUGAAAAAGGCCUCAAGCACAAGGCUAAGAAUCCUGAGCCUCAGAAAACUGCGGCCCCUGUCAAGGACGAGUAUGAGUUCGACGAGGAUGACGAGCAGGACAGAGUCCCUCCAGUGGACGACAAACACUUACUGAAAAAGGAUUACAGGAAAGAGACAAAGUCAAAUAGCUUCAUUUCUAUACCCAAAAUGGAAGUGAAAAGUUACACUAAAAAUAACACAAUUGCACCAAAGAAAGCGACUCAUCGCAUCUUGUCAGACACGUCAGACGAGGAUGUCGGUGUUCCGGUGGGGACAGGGGAGAAACUGAGGCUCUCGGCCCACUCGGCAUUGCCCGGUAACAAAAUGAGGGAGCCUCCCAGCUCAAAGCAGCAGAAGGAAAAGAAUAAAGUGAAAAAGAAGCGGAAGAAAGAGCCGAAAGGCAAAGAAGUACGUUUUGGGAAAAGGAGCGACAAGUUCUGUUCUUCUGAGUCAGAGAGCCAGUCCUCGGAGAGCGGUGGGGAUGACGGCGACUCAGUGGGCAGCCCCGGCCGCCUGAAGGAGUCCCCGCUGGUGCUGAGGGACCCCGCGCUGUUCAGCUCCCUGUCGGCCUCCUCCAGUUCAUCGCUGGGGAGCUGCACCACCCAGAAGCAUAACCCCAGCCACACAGACCAGCACACCAAGCACUGGCGGACAGACAAUUGGAAGGCCGUUUCCUCUCCCGCCUGGUCAGAGGCCAGCUCUUUAUCAGACUCCACGAGGACGAGACUGACAAGUGAGUCUGAUGGCUCCUCCGAGGGCUCCAGCGUGGAGUCACUGAAGCCAGUGAGGCGGAAGCGGGAGCCUCGGAGGCGGGGCGGCCUGCAGAGCGGGCUGCCUGACAAGAGGACCCCCUUUCCCUGCAGUGUGGAUGGCGCUGUCCCCAAGCUGGACAAGGAGGGGAAAGUGGUCAAGAAACACAAAACAAAGCACAGACACAGGACCAAGGAGAAGGGCGCCUGUGCUGCUGGCCAGGAGCUCAAGCUGAAGAGCUUCACUUACGAGUACGAGGACUGCAAGCAGAGGCCGGACAAGGCGAUCCUGCUAGACAGCGACGUCUGCGCUGACAGCAAAGUAAAAGCCUCGAGGCACGACCGAGAGCAUGCGAGGCGGGAGGAGCGGCUCGGCAGGGCGCGGCCAGAGGAGAAAGAGUGGCUCUUCAAGGACGAGGUGCUGAAGGCCCCCAGAGAUGAAAGGCCCCCAAAAAGAGGCAAGGAAACGAGCAGGGGUGGGAGCCGGCCGCUCCGAGAAGACAAGGACCGCGCAAACAGGGCCGAGAGGGAGAAGCCGGCAAAGGAGAAGUCCCCGAGAGAGGAGAAACUGAGGCUCCACAAAGAGGAAAGAAAGAGGAAGUCUAGAGACAGGACCUCAAAGCUAGAGAAAAAGAAUGAUUUCAAAGAGGACAAAAUUCCAAAAGAGAAGGAGAAGACCUUCAAAGAAGAUAAACUCAAACGAGAAAAAGUUUACCAGGAAGACCCUACGUUUGACGAGUAUUGUAACAAAAAUCAGUUUUUGGAGAAUGAAGAUACCAAAUUUAGCCUUUCUGAUGAUCAGCAAGACAGGUGGUUUUCUGAUCUGUCAGAUUCCUCCUUUGAUUUCAAGGGGGAGGACAGCUGGGACUCGCCUGUGACCGACUACAGGGACCUUAAAAAUGAGUCUGUGGCCAGGCUGAUCUUGGAAACGGUGAAAGAGGACAAGGAGAAGAAGCGGGAAGGCAAACCCCGGGAGAAGCGGGGCGACCGAGAUGCCCCCCUCAGGAAGAGGGACAGGGAUGGCCUGGACAGGACCUCUGAGAAGAGGAGAGACGCAGCCGAGAAGCACAAGGGAGUCCCCAGCUGUCCCCCAGAGAAGGACAAAAAGCGGCGGGAGUCUGCUGAGGGCGGGCGGGAGCGCAGGGAUGGCAGGGUCAGGCCCGAGGACAUGCACCGGGAGGACCCCAGAGAGCAGGGUGGCGAGGGCGGCCUCAGGGACAGGCCGGACUGCGACUGUGGGAAGGGCCUGGAGCCUUGGGAGCGGCACCAUGCCACCAGGGACAAGGAGAAGAGGGAGAGGCCGAAGUCAGAGAGGGCGCGGGACAAGGCCGGCGACAAGGACCGGGGCGAGAAGUCUACCCUUGAGAAAUGCCCAAAGGACAAGGAGCUGGACAAGUGUUUUAAGGAGAAAAGAGAUGCUAAGGAAAAGCAUAAAGACAGAGAGAGGAAAGCAUCUCUUGACCAAGUCAAAGAAAAGAGGGAGAAGAGUUUCGCUGGGAUUACCCCAGAGGACUUCUCAGAGAGAAAAGACGAGAAAAAGGGGAAAGAGAAAAGCUGGUACAUCGCAGACAUAUUCACAGAUGAAAGCGAGGACGAGAAGAUCGAUUACCCAGCCAGCGGGCUCAAGGCCGCGGAGCCCGGCGACGGGCAGACAGAGCGGGAUGACGGGCGGGAGCUGCCGCCCCCCGACAGAGCCCGGAAGCACUCGGCCGAGCGGCAGCACGCGGACAAGCAGAGGGACCGGGAGCUCAGGGAGAAGAGGAAGGAGAAGGGGGCCACGGAGGCGGGGAGGGACAAGAGGGAAAAGGCCCUCGAGAAGCACAGAGACAAGAAGGACAAAGAGCCGGCCGAGAGGCACAAGGACAGGAGGGAGCGCGCCCUGGCCGACGCCCCCCAGGAGAAGAGGGGCAGGCAGAGGCCUCCCGAGAGAGCGGAGAGGAAGCCCUCGGCCGAGGACAAGGCCAGGAGCCGGCACAGGGAGCGGCCGGACCGGGAGCACUGCCGAGACAAGAGGGCGCCGCGGAGCAGCGAGGGGGAGAGGAGCCUGCUGGAGAAGCUGGAGGCGGAGGCCCUGCACGGGUUCCGGGAGGACGCCGACGACAGGGGCAGCGAGGCGUCGUCGGACAGCUUCGUGGACCGAGGGCCGGAGCCCGGCCUGAGCGCCCUCCUGGAGGCGUCCCUUACCGACGCCCUGGAGGAGAGGCCCAGGGACAAGGAGAGGCACCGGCACUCGUCGUCCUCCUCCAAGAAGAGCCACGACCGGGAGAGGGGCAAGAAGGAGAAGAAGGAGCGGGCGGAGGAGCCCAGGGACGCGGGCGGCAGGAGGGGCUCCGGCCAGUGCGAGAAGGGCCUCCCGGAGGCCGAUGCCGGCGGUGCCCCCUACAACACGAGAGCCGACGUGGAAGACGAGCCGGAUAGAGCCGGUGAGUUGUUCUCUGCUGAGAGGAGAGAGAAGAACGACUCUGACAGAGAGCCUUCCAAGAAGGCAGAAAAGGAGCUGAAGCCUUACGGGUCCGGCGCCGUCAGCGCCCCGAAGGAGAAGAGGAGGAGGGAGCGGCACCGGGAGCGGUGGCGGGACGAGAAGGAGAAGCCCAGGGACAGGCCCGGGGACGGGCUCCCGAGGCACAGGGACAAGGACACCCCUCCAGGCCCUUCCAAAGACAAGUGCAGGGAUGAAAGCCUGAGACCCAACGAGGCCAGACCGAAGGAGAAGUUCAGGGAAAACCCAGAGAGAGAAAAGGGCGACGUGACGAAGGCGAGCAAUGGCACGGACAGGCCGCUGCCCUCCAGAGACCCGGGCAGGAGAGAUGGCCGGCCCCGGGAGAAGCUCCUCGGUGAUGGCGACCUCAUGAUGACCAGCUUCGAGAGGAUGCUCUCCCAGAAGGACCUGGAGAUUGAGGAAAGGCACAAACGGCACAAGGAGAGGAUGAAGCAGAUGGAGAAGAUGCGGCACAGGUCUGGAGACCCUCGGCUCAAGGAGCGGGCAAGGCUGGCUGAGGAUGCACGCAAGCGGGGGGAUGGCCCCCCGAGGAAGACGCUGGGGCUGGACCCUGCCCCGAAAGACAGGAAGCCCAAGGACCCGCUGCCAGCCGCUGAGAGCAAGCCCCAGCCGGGACCUGCCGUGGAUGCCAGGGACUGGGUGGCCGGCCCUCACAUGAAAGAGGCCUUGCCUGCUUCCCCAAGGCCUGACCAGAGCCGGCCCACCGGGGUUCCCACCCCCGCGUCCGUGGUGUCCUGCCCCAGCUACGAGGAGGCCAUGCACACACCCAGGACCCCAUCCUGCAGCGCCGACGACUACACUGACCUUGUGUUUGACUGCCCGGACCCCCAGCCUGCCUCCAGCACGCCCACCAGCGCCUGCUCCCCUUCCUUUUUCGACAGGUUCUCCAUGGCAGCAGGCGGGAUUUCGGAAACCCCCGGUCAGACACCCACAAGGCCGCCGUGCACGAGCCUUUACCGUUCCAUCUCUGUUGACAUCAGGAGGACCCCCGAAGAAGAAUUCAGCAUUGGGGACAAGCUCUUCCGACAGCAGAGCAUGCCCGCCACGUCCAGUUACGACUCACCAGGGCAGCACUUGGAGGACAAGGCCCCUGGGCCCCCAGGUCCUGCCGAGAAGUUGGCCUGCUUGUCUCCAGGGUAUUACUCGCCAGACUAUGGUGUCCCUUCCCCCAGAGCAGAUGCUCUUCACUGCCCACCGGCUGUGGUCACCAUCACCCCCUCCCCAGAGGGCGCCUUCUCUGGGUUACAAGCAAAGUCCCCUCCUCACAGGGAGGAGCCGUCGGCCCCAUCCAUGGAGGGAGCCCUGCCCCCCGACUUGGGCCUUCCACUGGAUGCCACAGAGGACCAGCAGGCCACUGCGGCCAUCAUCCCCCCUGAGCCCAGCUACCUGGAGCCCCUGGAGGAGGGCCCUUUCAGCACAGUCAUCACCGAGGAGCCUGUCGGGUGGGCACAUGCCACCACCUCGGAGCAGGGCCUCUGUGCCGGCCUCAUCGGGAGUGCCCCCGAGAACCCUGUCAACUGGCCAGUGGGGCCAGAGCUUCUGCUUAAGUCUCCACAGAGAUUCCCAGAGUCCCCGAAACAUUUCUGCCCUGCUGAGUCCCUCCACCCUGCAGCCCCAGGGCCUUUUGGUGCCACGGAACCCCCUUUCGCAGUCUCCCCUGUCUCAUAUCCUCUGUCGGUGGCCGAGCCGGGACUCGAGGACAUCAAAGAUGCUACCGCGGUGGAAGCAGCCCCAGCCACCAUCCCCACUUCGGAAGAGCCAGGCCCCUUCACUCCCUCCUCCAGGCUGGAGGCCUUCUUCAGUGACUGCAAGCCCCUCCCGGACACGCCCCCUGACCCACCACCCGAGCCUGCAUGUAUGACCAUCACGCAGGCAGAGGCUCUGGGGCCCCUGGAAAACAGCUUCCUGGAAAACGGUCCCAACCUGUCGGCCCUGGGCCCAGUGGAGCCUGGGCCCUGGCCAGACGCCUUUACCACCUCAGAGGACGACUUGGACCUGGGACCUUUUUCACUGCCAGAGCUUCCUCUUCAAACGAAAGAGGUUUCUGACAUCCAAGCAGAGCCUGUAGAAGAGAGUCCCCUUGUCCCUGUAGGAAAUGCCCCCACAGGGGCCCCCCCAGUCCUCGACAGUGGGGAGGUCGUGGCAUCAGCUGCUGAGGAGCCACUGGCAGUGCCCCCUGACCAGGUGGCCACCCAGCUCCCCGCAGAGCCUGAGACCUCAGAGGAACUGCAACCAGACGUGGUGCUGGAAGCCACAGGGGAGGCCAGGGUCGCGACAGAGGGGAGGGCCCCUGAGGACACGGACUUUGGUGUGGGGCCCACACCUGUUUUGGAGCAGUGCCUGUCAGGGAGUGUAGAUGAGGCCCAGGGCCAGGACCCCCUGGCCACACCCCUCAGCGCCCCAGACCCCGCCAUGGAUGGCUUGGCACAGGCCUGUGUGGCAGACGGGGCCGGCCCCAAUGACAGUGCUGGGCUUGAGGUGCCUCCAGGCAGUGUGCAGCCUGAAGCAGCAGAACCGGAACCCAAGCCCCCAGCCGAAGCCCCAAAGGCCCCCAGAGUGGAGGAGGUCCCGCAGCGCAUGACCAGGACCCGGGCCCAGAUGCUGGCCAACCAGCACAGGCAGAGUGCAUCCCCCUCCGAGAGGGAGCCUGUGCCCACCCCAGCCUCCAGGGCCAAGGGCCGCGGCUCCGAGGAGGAGGACCCACAAGCCCAGCAUCCACGGAAGCGCCGCCUCCAGCGCUCCAGCCAGCAGCCACCGCCCCCCAGCACGUCCACGAGGCAGACGCGGGAGGUGAUCCAGCAGACACUGGCCGCCAUCGUGGAUGCCAUCAAGCUGGAUGCCAUUGAGCCCUACCACAGCGACCGCUCCAACCCGUACUUUGAGUACUUGCAGAUCAGGAAGAAGAUCGAGGAGAAGCGGAAGAUCCUGUGCUAUAUCAGCCCACAGGCCCCCCAGUGCUAUGCCGAGUACGUCACCUACACGGGCUCCUACCUCCUGGACGGCAAGCCGCUCAGCAAGCUGCACAUUCCCGUGAUCGCCCCCCCGCCCUCCCUGGCGGAGCCCCUGAAGGAGCUGUUCAAGCAGCAGGAGGCCGUGCGGGGGAAGCUGCGCCUGCAGCACUCGAUCGAGCGGGAAAAGCUGAUCGUCUCCUGCGAACAGGAGAUCCUGCGCGUGCACUGCAGGGCGGCGAGGACCAUCGCGAACCAGGCCGUGCCGUUCAGUGCCUGCACCAUGCUGCUGGACUCGGAGGUCUACAACAUGCCUCUGGAGAGCCAGGGCGAUGAGAACAAGUCGGUGCGUGACCGCUUCAACGCCCGCCAGUUCAUCUCCUGGCUGCAGGAUGUGGACGACAAGUAUGACCGCAUGAAGACGUGUCUCCUGAUGCGGCAGCAGCAUGAGGCUGCAGCCCUCAAUGCCGUGCAGAGGAUGGAGUGGCAGCUGAAGGUCCAGGAGCUGGACCCUGCCGGGCACAAGUCCCUGUGUGUGAAUGAGGUGCCCUCCUUCUAUGUGCCCAUGGUUGACGUCAACGACGACUUCGUGCUUCUGCCAGCCUGAUGCACAGCAGGACGCCACUUGGGACACAGGCGAGAGCCACGUGCACCUGCCCAGCACUGCUGCCGAGUCUGGGUGUCAGAGGGAGACCUUGUCCCCCGGGUGGGGACAGCCAGGGAGAAGCCCGUGCUUUGCCCCCUGGAGCACAGCUCCUUGAUGGCAGCCACUGCAGGAGGACAAGAAGACCACAGGGACGUGGACGUGAUGGCUUCAGGAUUGGUCUCCAGCCAGCUAGCUGCACGCGCAUUUUAGGAGCUGCAGAACAGAGUGUGUUUUUAAAAGUUCUUGUUCCAUUCUGAUCAACUAAAAAUAAAACCAAGGUGUCCACCCACAAACAGUGACCUCCAGGUGGAGGGCAGAGAGUCCACCGCCCUGUAGCCACAGGGCCACUGAUGGCCUCAGACUGGGUCUGGGACGCUGUGCUGGGCGAGGGCCUGGCUGCGCCACCCCCCUGCCACUGAGGAACACAAGCUGAUUGUGUUUUUAAUGGAGUCAAAUCCACGUGGUUUGUAUAUUUUUUUCCUUUAUUCUUGGGCAUUUUGUUUCUCUUUCUGAGAACAUAACUUGAAACACUACAGAGCCAAUAAUCAUAUAAAAAGUGUACCGUGAGCUGUACAGUUUUAUACACAUUCACAAUGUACUUUUGCUGCCUUCUAGAUAAUUUAUUUUGCAACACAUUACUGCACAGUUGUAAAUAACUUAUGUACUGUAACAUCACUUCAGUUAUGUGUAAAGAAAUAAAUAAAUUAACUAAA